CCCUUGCUUCAUUAGGCCUGUUUCGUACGACUGGAGUGAGUCUGGCGUGUCAGCUUCAUUGUGACAUAACCGUGUGCUAGAUGUGCCAAUGUGCACUCAUCUCAAUUUUACACAAAAAUAACAACUACAAGGCAUGGAUGCAGGAGCGGGGGGCCCAAAAACGAGGCUGUAACACAUGCCGAAUUUUCAAAGAGGCCCAAAUAUUUAAGGAUUUGACAGAAAUAGCGCCUCUUAAAGUUUAUAAAGUUCUUCCAGAGUCAACAACUCACACAAUGGAGAGGUUUUUAUAAGGGAGUCUGGUGAUUUUCUCCCCAUUUUCAUCUCCUUGGAGUGAUUGUUUCCAACUUUUUUUUCCACCAUAUCAAAUUAAUUGUCAAAAACAGUCAUGUGUGCUGAUGUGGAGCAGGAAACGCAAAGGUGAUGACCUAAAGAAAACUACACAUCGGCAUGAGCAAAAGCUCAUUAAAAAAAAAUUUUAAAAAAUGCAGAAAAUACCAGACAAUUUCCUCAACACAAAGAAACCACAGCACAGGUCCCCGAAAACACGCGUGACUUUAAGUCCUCUGCAAACACAGAAGGUGUCUGAACCGAGCAACAGAAGGCUUUUCACCCUCCACUACAUCCCUGCUAAUGUCCAUGUGGGAAGCAACAUAGAACGCAUACCACAAGACAAACAUACUCGCCAGAAAAAUUGGGGCUUGAGAAAGAUCCCGAGCGGAUUGGUCCGCGCCGGUGCCGACGCCGAUGACGUCGCGCUGUGAAACACGUGGGCCACGGUAUCCAGAGCUCACAUAAACAAAGCCACAUUGGCCAGACUGGGUAGUCGAAGCUCGUGUCGCUGUCAGUGCGCCGGAGGAGUCACACGGUUUGUCUUGCCAGCCUUGCCCCGCCGUCCCGCCUGCCUUCCUCUCUGGCAUCGUUGAGGAGCGACGCUCAUGAUUUGGAGCUUUUACAGCAAUUGAUGAAUACCCCCUGCGUGCUUAUCGCAUGGAUUGAAAGCCACGAUCCUGAUGUGAAAGAGGGGAAGAACCGGAACAGAGCCGCCUUCUUGAAUCCUGACAGCCAAACAACUCCUGACAUUACCCAUUUCAAGUGUCACCGAAACACUGUCAGAAGACUUGAGCCAUGCCCUGCGUUCAGGCUCAGUAUGGAUCAUCACCUCAAGGAGCUAGUCCUGCUUCCCAGAGCUACAGCUACCACACCGCAGGAGAGUACAGCUGCGACUUCUUAACACCCGAGUUUGUGAAGUUUAGCAUGGACUUGACCAACACUGAGAUCACAGCCACUACUUCUCUCCCGAGUUUCAGUACAUUCAUGGACAACUAUAACACCAGUUACGACGUUAAACCGCCCUGUCUGUAUCAGAUGCCCCACUCUGGAGACCAGUCCUCUAUCAAGGUGGAGGACGUCCAGAUGCACAGCUACCAUCAGCAGGGCCACCUGCCUCCCCAGUCGGAAGAGAUGAUGGCUCACUCUGGGCCUAUGUACUUCAAACCCUCCUCUCCUCACGCCCCGAGCACGCCAAACUUCCAGGUUCAGCCUAAUCACAUGUGGGAGGACCCUGGCUCCCUCCACAGUUUCCACCAGAACUAUGUCGCGGCCACGUCUCACAUGAUGGACCAGCGCAAGAAUCCGGUGUCGAGGCUUUCGCUCUUCUCCUUCAAGCAGUCCCCGCCCGGCACCCCCGUCUCCAGCUGUCAGAUGCGGUUCGACGGGCCGCUGCACGUCUCCAUGAACCACGACAACCCGGGCGUGCACCGCGGCCUGGACGGCCAGAGCUUUGCGGUGCCCAGCGCCAUACGGAAACAGGCUGGCCUGGCCUUCCCUCACUCCCUGCAGCUCGGCCACGGGCACCAGCUGGUGGACAGCCAAGUGCCAUCGCCCCCGUCCCGAGGAUCUCCGUCAAACGAGGGUCUGUGCGCGGUGUGUGGGGACAACGCAGCCUGCCAGCAUUAUGGAGUGAGGACCUGCGAGGGCUGCAAAGGAUUUUUCAAGCGCACCGUUCAGAAAAACGCAAAAUACGUGUGUUUAGCAAAUAAAAACUGUCCUGUUGACAAACGCCGAAGAAAUCGUUGCCAGUUCUGCCGCUUCCAGAAGUGCCUUGUCGUCGGAAUGGUGAGAGAAGUUGUCCGGACGGAUAAUCUGAAAGGUCGGAGAGGACGGCUGCCAUCCAAACCCAAAAGUCCCCAGGAGCCCUCCCCACCCUCGCCGCCGGUGAGCCUCAUAAGCGCACUCGUUCGGGCCCAUGUGGACUCCAACCCCUCCAUGUCUGCUUUGGACUACUCCAGAGUAAGUAAGUUCCAGGCUAACCCUGACUACCAAAUGGCUGGAGACAACACUCAGCACAUCCAGCAGUUCUACGAUCUCCUGACGGGCUCCAUGGAGAUCAUCCGGGGCUGGGCGGAGAAGAUCCCGGGCUUCUCUGAUCUACCGAAGCAAGAUCAAGAUCUCCUCUUUGAAUCCGCCUUCCUGGAGCUGUUCGUCCUGCGGCUGUCGUACAGGUCCAACCCGGUGGAAGGCAAACUUAUAUUUUGUAAUGGAGUGGUGUUACACAGGCUACAGUGCGUCCGUGGAUUUGGCGAGUGGGUGGACGCGAUCGUGGAGUUUUCUUCCAACUUGCAGAGCAUGAACAUAGACAUCUCAGCUUUCUCCUGCAUCGCAGCUCUGGCCAUGGUGACAGAGCGACACGGGCUCAAGGAACCCAAGAGGGUCGAGGAUCUCCAAAACAAGAUCGUCAACUGCCUCAAAGAUCAAGUGACAUUCAAUGGCGGUGGAUUGAAUCGUCCCAACUACUUGUCAAAACUCUUGGGAAAGCUCCCAGAACUGCGCACACUAUGUACUCAAGGUCUGCAGCGUAUCUUUUACCUAAAACUAGAAGAUCUAGUCCCUCCGCCAGCAAUAAUUGACAAACUUUUCCUCGACACCCUACCUUUCUGAGUCGUGACUCCACGGGAGAGACCUCAAAGAACUUCCAAAAAGAAAAAAAAAAGGAAAAAAAAAGACAGAGAGAGAGGCAGAGAGAGGCAGAGAGACUGUUGUGAGUCAGACUUGACGAGAUUUUUUUUUUUUAUUAUUAUUAUUUCUGAAUAUCUGCAAGCUCCGUAGGCGAUAAUAGAACAACAGUACCCUAUUAUGAGUCAUGAGAAGAAAACAAAACAAAACAAACAAACAAACAAAAAAGAAUAACAAGAGAAAGAGAGAGUUUGAUGGUUGUGUAGGCCUUUUAAUUCAUUCAAGUUGGGUUAUUAUGAUUGUUUUUCUUUUCUUUUCUUGAGUGCCAAAUGAGUGAAUCAUCCUCUCCGAACUGUCAGCAGAGUUUAAUCCGGUCUUUGCAAUCACUUACUGUUUUAUUUAACAUCGGCUCUACUGAUUCACUAUACUCAGAUGUAAUAUAUUCCAUUUAUAUAUAUGAACACACACACACACGCUCGCACGCACACACACAUACACACACUCUGUAUAUUAUGAUAGAUUAUGUGAUGCCACCAGUGCAUCGGUUUAUAACAUGUGUACAAAGUUUGUUAUAAUGAAAAAAAAAAAAGAUUUAAUUUUUUUUCUUUCUUUUCUUUUUCUGACUCGUGCCUCUAUGUGUUUCUGACAGGAUCCCCAAAAAGUAUCCAGAAAAGACAACGCAUGUUCUAGGUUUUUCUUUUCUUCUUCUUCUUCUUCACUUUUCUCUUUAUAGGCACUUGCUGAGGUGAUGUCUAUAUAUAAUAUAUACCGGACACUAUGUAGUCUGCUAGAUUUGAUACAGAUUCGUAGUUAUGGCACUCCUUUUAUGUAUGACGCAUAUGUGGCAAAAAUAUCUCAUCUGUAUAGAAAAAUGAGGGACCCCAUGGUGUUUGUAAAACUGUCAGACAUUCCUUGUUUGUAUGUGCUGUAAGUAUUGUUGCUGUUGAAUAUAAACGUUUCUAUAUAUUUAUUAUUUCUAUUUGCCAAGAGCUACACUAAGCAUGGUGCAAUUUAAACGAUUUCAAGAAAACCCAUCCAAGUUCAUGCUGA